GCUCAGCGCUAAGAGAGACAUGAGCGGUACUUCAGGUCUUCUUCAGCUAUGGCAAGUUCCGUCCUCAUCACUGUUUUUCGGCGGUUCCAAGCUUUCCAAAGGUCUGUACUUGGUUCCUGUUCGUGUUAUGUAUCCAAUGUCAUGUUUCUGUAAGCAAAUGCAAACUACUACGUAUGCAAUUGUUAAAGGAAGCUAUGUAUCAAAUCCACAGAACCAACAAGAAAACAAAGAAAAAUUGACACCUAAGGUAGAAAAUGUAGGUGCAUUUCAAAAAUUACCCAUGGUAAUGCCGUCUGUAGAUAUUCUACAUUCAGCACUGAGGAAAGCAAGGAGGGUCUCGCCUACAAAGGGCAUUGCUAAUGCUGCAAAACGUGAGAGAAAUAAAGGCGCAAAACAACUCGAUGCAUUAAUGAAGGAAUUGGCUGUGCCCUUGAGGACAUACAAAGAGAACUUCCCAAACAAAAAAUAUUUGCACCCUUAUGAACGAUCUUUGAUUGAGUUAACGCUCGGAGACGGAAACUAUGAAGAUGUAUUGGGAAAGUUAGAAGCUUUAAGGAAAAAGGUGGUAUCAGUUGGAAAGGAACAUGCAUCAUUAUGUGCUAAGUCAUUAUCUAAACGAGAAGCAGAGGAGCGACUGAAUGAGGGAUUGAAAAGAAUUGAGGAAAUAUUUGAUGGUGAUGGAAAAGCUGUUGAUGAACUAUUGAACAUUGCCAAGACAUUACGGGCAAUGCCAGUUGUCGAUCUGGAAACACCAACUCUCUGUCUUGUUGGUGCUCCCAAUGUCGGAAAAUCAUCUUUGGUUCGCGUACUUUCGACAGGGAAGCCUGAGAUCUGCAACUAUCCCUUCACUACUAGAGGAAUUCUGAUGGGUCAUAUUAAUUUGAGUUACCAGAAUUUUCAGGUUACUGAUACCCCUGGUAUCUUAAGGAGAUCUGAUGAGGAAAGGAAUAACUUGGAAAAGUUAACACUUGCUGUACUCACUCAUUUGCCAACUGCAGUACUUUAUGUUCAUGAUUUAUCUGGAGAAUGUGGGAUGUCACCUUCUGAUCAGUUUGUGAUCUAUAAGGAAAUGCGAGAGAGAUUCAGCAGCCAUAUUUGGCUUGAUGUCGUGUCCAAAUGUGACUUACUGCAAGCAUCUCCUGUCAUCUUUGCAACAGAUGAUUGUAAUGUUGAUAACUUUGAGCUGGUGAGGUAUAGGAAGAUGGGACCUGAUGGAGCCCUAAAUGUGUCGGUAAAGAAUGAGAUUGGUCUUCAUGAGUUGAAGAAAAGAGUUUACGAGCUGCUUGUUUCUCAAUCAGAAAGGAUCAAAAAUCAAAAGAGCAAGGAGGAAGAGCUGGAAGUUCCAAGCUAGUUGGUCUUAUGAAUUCCUAACAGAUCUGUAAACUGCUGGAAAUUGGCUGCAGGUUUUUGCGCUUGGUAAUUAGCUGGAUCAUGUAUGUACACUUGUACGAUAGUGAGUCGAUCUGUGGUGACACUAACACACAUUUGCAGGUCCAAGAAUCCAGCAUGUUUCUUGGCGUAUUUCUCGGGCAGUUGGACAAUGAGGUCGGUCCUCUUUUGCUUCGCUCCAAAUCUCAUCUAUAAGAUAUUCAGAUCAUUUGUCAAAUGGUGCAGAUGGGGUUGCCAUAUAUGUCACAUUCCAUUCUGUAAGCUUAAGUUAUAGCAAUCUUUGAUAAGUUUUCAGUCUGGUUUAUGGAUAUGAUAUGAAAUGCAUUAGGAGGGAACCAUCUUAUAUUUACAAGUAGAAAUUGAGUGCAUCAAUGAAUAAGUCCUCUGUAAAGUUAAGUUGAUGUACAUUAUUACUCUUGAGCCUUGUUCUUCUCAGGAAUUCUAUAACCUUUGAGGUGUGUGA